AUGGGUGAGUUGGUAAUACGGGCUCCGAGCAAGGCUAGGAGCCAGUUACGCGACUCCCCCUCGAAAGCAGAAUGGACUUGGAUCAGGCCUGUGUUCGAAAGGCUGUAUGUUCAACAGGGCCAGACUCUCACAGAUGUUAUGCAACAACUCCGCGAGGAUCACAAUUUCCACGCCACCCAACAAAUGUACAAACGCCGGAUAAAAGCAUGGGGACUGGGGAAGAACUUGAAAGGCACUGACGUCCAGUAUAUCCUCGAUAUGGCUGCAUCGCGAGAAGCGAGAGGAAAGGGCACGCAUGAGGUGCUCUUGCGUGGUCGGAACGUCAGCAUGGAUGCGGUCUUCAAAUCCCAACAAAGACGAAAGGCUCCAAUGCCUAUGGACGUCGUCGAUGCGAGAUCGUCAGUAACGAACAAGUAUCACCGGCAUAUCCGGGCGCUGACGCCACCGCCAGGCUUUGAUCGAAUAGCUUGGGCAUCGCCGGACAAGGACUACGAAGACACGCUGCGCAGGUUCGGUGGCUUCUACUCUGGCCUGAUCGAUGGCGGUUACUACACCGUCAGAUCCGGGCAGGUGGUAUCACCACGAACGCUAGUAAAUGCAGAAUUGUCGGACGUAUUCGCCGCGUUGUUCAUAUUAAAGCCUGGAUCAAACAUGCUCGUUAUACGGAAACUGGCAUUGAUGCUGCAGAGCAUUACCCGUGCCGUCGACGUUGUCACAUCCAGCUGGCUGAUUCAUGCAGUACAGGUCAUACGCGAUGCCGGUCAUGCAAGCAUUGUUGCGACUCUACUGCUUCAUCUCAGACAGCUCGCUCGCUACAUUGGGCAUUCACAAUCAAGAAUUAAUUUCCUGCAGAAUGGUGACCUUGACGCCUCGCGUUCGCAGCAGCUUGUGGCGGAUGGCGUGUCUGUCCGAGUCGCGUUAGAGCAAAGCUAUGGCCUGAAGGCCGACACGGCGUCAGCAAACCUCAAUCUCCAUACGUAUUCUUGGUUCUGGCGGCAAAGGGGCUAUCCAUCUCACGCAUCGGUGGACGAAAUCCCAGCAACCGCUCCUCGAACGCUUUCAGUUCUCGACCAGCAACACAGGUUCAGCGGGCUGUUCGCUUUCGGCACUUUAGUCUUGUUGCGCCUCGCUAUACAGACCGACCGCGACAAUCCAAUGAUCCAACAUUUGACCGGGUAUCUAGCUGGAACUGAAAAGCUUUCAUGCGACGAUGAGCAGCUGCCCAACUUCUACUUUGACAGCCACUGGCUCAGUAGACAAAGUGCAGCUGAGCUAGCAGCCAUCUAUUGUCAGCUUGGACUUCAUGACACUGAGCAGUGGCUCCUGUGCAAGCUGAUCUCGAGCAGCGAAAGGUCCGAGCGUUGGCAAGAGAAAGGUCAGUACUCUUUGCUCGUGUGUGCGGCGAAUUGUCCCAAGAUCCAGCUGUCGCCGCGAGGCUUGGACCUCCUGCGGAGGAAGCAGGAGCUGGAAGACUCAUGGAGAGUCGAGAUAGAGAAGGCUGCGCUCACGAGCGAGUUGUUCUCUUCUCCAGCAAGACCUGCAGUCGUCGUGCCUUGA